UCUAUUUUGCAUGACUUUCCAGAAAAUAAGAUAAAGUUGUUUGUCCUGGAUAUACUAAGCCGAAAAGAUUCUUUGGCAGCUAUUGGUUUUUCGAUGCUUUUUAAGUAUUGUAUCCACGACUUAAAUUGCUAGUAAAUGGUAUCCACGUUAUCUUAAAAGAAAGGAAGAAGUCAUGAAGGUUGCCAAUGAGAGCGGGGUUGAUGUGAAUCAUGAGGGGAGAUAUAAGGCAAUUUUUGUUUGUUGGGUUCUUGGGCUGGGUUCUCUUGUCGCUUGGAACAGCAUGCUGACCAUUGGAGAUUACUAUUAUGAACUUUUCCCGAAAUACCAUCCUUCUCGGGUGCUUACCCUCGUUUAUCAGCCGUUCGCCGUCGGGACAAUGGCGAUACUUGCCUGCAAUGAGGCGAAGAUCAAUACUCGAAGGAGGAAUAUUUGUGGAUAUGCUCUCUUCUUCAUUAGCACCUUCCUCCUCAUAGUUGUUGACCUGGCAACGCAUGGAAAUGGAGGAGUUGUGCCUUACAUAGGAAUAUGUGUUCUUGUUGCUUCCUUUGGGGUUGCAGAUGCACUUGUUCAAGGUGGAAUGGUUGGAGACCUUGCUUUUAUGCUUCCUGAGUUCAUUCAGUCCUUCAUGGCUGGCUUGGCUGGAUCAGGUGUCCUGACCUCUGGUCUGAGGCUAGUCACAAGAGCGGCCUUUGACAAAACUGAUCAUGGUCUUCGCAAGGGCACUUUAUUGUUUCUAGCCAUCUCUGCCUUCUCCGAGUUCAUUUGCAUCUUCCUCUACGCCUUUGUCUUCCCUAAAUUGCCAAUAGUGAAACACUUCCGCAAGAAGGCAGCCUUAGAAGGAUCCAAAACCGUGGCAUCUGACCUCGCCGCUGUUGGCAUUGAGACACAAUCAGACCAACUGGUUGUAAGGAUGAGCAAGAAGAAACUAAUCCUCGAGAACAUCGAUUACGCGCUUGGCUUGUAUUUGAUUUAUGUGAUAACAUUGUCCAUCUUCCCUGGUUUCUUGUAUGAAAACACUGGAAAUCACCAAUUGGGCACAUGGUAUCCACUCGUUUUGAUGGCCAUGUACAAUGUGUUGGAUCUUGUUGGGAGAUGCAUUCCUCUUGUGAAGUGUCUGAAUCUCGAAUCGAGGAAGGGAAUUUUCACUUCGAUCAUCGCUCGUUUCUUGUUCAUCCCGGCUUUCUACUUCACAGCAAAAUAUGCUGACCAAGGAUGGAUGAUUAUGCUCACUUCCCUCUUGGGGUUAACCAACGGUUAUCUCACUGUCUGUGUGCUCACUGCAGCUCCUAAAGGUUACAAGGGACCUGAACAAAAUGCUUUGGGUAAUAUCCUUGUGGUGUUCCUUUUGGGAGGUAUCUUUUCUGGUGUUGCUCUUGAUUGGUUGUGGCUCAUAGGCAAUCGCUCGUUUUAAGGAGAAGUCUUAUAUCUUUUCUUUUUCUUUUUUUUCUUUUUUUUUUUUU